AUGAUCGCGAGACUUGAAAGCUUCCUGAAUUCGAGCUUUUUCUUUUUACUUGCUGUUGUCCUCUUCUGUCUUAUUAUCCUGACUCCAGCCGAUGCCAUCUACCAAUGCUGGGAAACGAGCCGACUAACGAAUAUCUUCUUCAUCACCGGCGCCUAUGUCAUUACGUUUAUUCUGGCGGCUCUCAUAUACGCGACUCGCAUUUAUACCAACCGCAGUACUUUAGCUCGCAUUCCGAAGGCAUGGAUUCCCGUGGAAAAGGAAGACGUGAGCAAAAGCGUACGGCGUCUUGUGAUGGAAGGGCUUGCUCGCAGCGCAGUCAUUUCGUAUCAAGCCCGCCCGCGUGAUACUACAGAUGAAUCCAACAACUUCCAGAGUUUCAAGGAUCUUUUGGUCGACCCUAACCACCCACCUUGGGGUCAUGUUGAGCACCCUGGCUGGUCUUCGCCCGCCUCGCCUGAUUUGCCGGAUCUACCGUACCGUACCAUCAUCCAAGAACUGCCCAAUUUGAUUGAAGCAAAAGCCGUUUCACUUGCCCCACCCGAUGGCCUUGCAUCAGAUGCCUCCGAUUAUUUCCCCGAUACACGUGUGGUGGAAGCGCUGCAGCGGCCAGAAUCGAUGGGCUUGCGGCAAUAUAUCCGGCACCUCACAUUGCUGGGAGCGAUCAAUCCUCCAGAACUUGGUGCUGGAUUUCUAGCGCUUUAUGAGAAAGCACGAUUUUCUUCAAAUCAGCUCUAUGAAGCCGAAUUCCGCGAGCUCAUGCAUCUUUUUGCCGAGAUCUUGAGAGGGAUGACAUCCCUUGCACCACUCGUCCUAGACGAGAUUCGAGACAACGCGAGCUACGGGCGCGCAGAUAGCGAGUCCAUCAUUGGACCCUACGAUGAAGAAGGGGAAACUGAUACCGUUGACCACUUCGGUUACGAUGGAGCUUUCACACCUGUGCGAAGCGAUAGUUGCCGACCAUCCAAUGCAUCGACGUGGGAAACCCAAUCUGGGUAUGACACUGCCCCUGUCGCCCAGAGCCCAGUGUCUGGCUUCUCGCUCGGCAGCGGCUCUUAUGACGCGCAACGAUCCAUUCGCACCCCAUCGACCCGAUCGCUUCGACGCGUGCACUCGGCGCAAUCGGGCAGCUCAGGAGGCAGUGUGAUUCGCCUAGCGCCUGUACGAAAUCCGGGGGAUCUGCCCUAUACCAUCCACCACUACGCAGGUCGUAGAACCUAG